CAGGCUUGUGUCUGAUGAUGCUCAAGGCUAUGGCUUGCGCGAGCGGAUUGUCCCUCCCAUCCCUCGUUCUUGCGGGAUUGGAGCUAGGGUUAUUGUCUCGCCGCUAGGGCCUGCUAAGGGCGACGACGAUCUCCAGCGCGGCCGGCGCGCCACAGGUGGCUCGAUUCUUCGCGUCUUGUUCUCUCCGGCGGCUGGCUUGUGAGCUCGAAGCUCCUCUUCGUGAUUCCAGGGCCGUGCUACGGUAGGUCUGUAGAAAUCUCAUGGAUGGAGAGGGCUUAGAGUACAGUGGGCUGCUGGAAUGGAAUUCCAGUCGAGUGUGAAUGAUCUCGCGGCCCAGGAGGAUGAGUGGGAAUGCUUGCCGGUUUAAAGCCGCAUUAUGGUGAGCUCCAUAGAUAGAUGAUAGAUCUCGUCCGGCAAGGUGAGCGGGAUUUCGUGGUACAUCCACACAGCUGGUCGCUAUUUAAGAAAUUUGGCCUGGGCUCCUCCUGGAUUGCCACUGCUGCCAUCAAUUCCUCUUUUUGAGAGUCAAGCGAUUUCUCCAAGUCCAGGCACCCAAGGGUGAUGCACACAUAUUUUGUACCAUUCGGCUGACUUGAAGUGGCGAUGAGAUGAGCUUAGUGGUUAUGGAGGAGCAAAGUCAACCUGUCUUUCGGGAUUUUUUGGGCUCGUCAGCGGCCCCCAAUCCAGAGACAAAGCAGCCGGAGCUGUCGGCGACGGACUCGGUCAGGGUUUCGCAAAACAGUGGCUUCAUGGAGCAAGAGGAUGGAGAGGCGUCUGUAAGAGGGGGAUCCACAUUCUCGGCGCCAUGUCCAUCGUCGGCCCCAGGUCCCAGCUUCCCGGCCUCAUCCGACCCAGGAACGGAGCUCUGGCGCCAUGGCAAAGCUCCUGCUGGUAUGCCAUUUAGUCAUGCCAUCAAGGCUGCUAAUUGCGUGAAUGAUGACGUUACGAGGAAACGGGAGGAGCUUGCAAACAGGGCUGCUUUCAGGGAGAAUGAUAUGAUGGAGGGCUCGCGUCCUAGCAAGGCUUCCCGGUUUAAGCAAAGAGAAAACGAGACCCUUCCAAGUACAGGUGAUUUCGGCCUCACGAUGCAGCCUCCUCGAACCUCGCAAGCUGGAGGUAACUUGUGGCUCCAAACUUCGGUUUUUAAUCCGUCCACGGGUACGUCGAAGCGGAUAGAAUCUUCCAGGCCGACUUCGGGCGUGCCUAUGCUAGCUCGUCCUAUGCAAGCCACCUCGGGUGCUACCGCAGGUGCUACUGCUGGCGGGGUGUUUUCGCGCAACCCUGCGAGCAGCAUUCUGCCUCCUCCAGCGGACGAGGGAUCUAGAACAGGUUUGCAAGGUGGUGGCAUCGCAGCACUCAUCAACAGCGCUAAUGCCAAGCUGCCGUCGGCAAGACCGCUCGCUGAGCCUCCGGCGCUCGAGCGCACUGCUAGUCUGGACAGACCGAAGCCUCCUCUCCAAAAUGGAGGCUCAGAUUCUUUACUGCCCUCACACAAGACUUCGACAACGUCAGCUACUCGGCAGCUGACAAUAUUCUACGGGGGACAUGCUCAUGUGUUUGACGAUGUAUCUCCGGAAAAGGCAGACGCGAUCAUGCAAAUGGCUGGCUCCAACGGGAGAUCGUGGUCCACGACGUAUGCUCAUCGAUCCUCGCGGUCCGAGGGCUCUCUGGCCGAUCUCCGACGAGAGAAAGCCGCGAUUGGCGCGACCUCACUGACGGUUCCAUCGGAGAACCAAAACGCUCCUUCGAAUCUCCAGCGCAAGCACAGGAUUCCCCCCGACCACCACACUGUCAAAGUCGGGAUUCCUGGAGACGUGCCAGUUCCUUCAGGCAUUCCAAUUGGAGAUGGAAAUCGAUUCGCAAUGGCCAACGGCCGAGCCCCUGCUGGACUUCACGGCUCCUUCUACAACAUGAAAGAGACCGCUAGCAAUGGCCAGCACUGGCUAUAGACAGGUUUGGCACUAGGUAGUGUAAAUUAUGACAACAUCGAGCUUUUACAAUUUUCUCGCCUUCCA